AAUAGCAGCCAGCCCUGCACGGCACAAUGCCGCUAGAUUGAUUCGUUACACCUUAUGAGGAAGUGAAUGCUUCGCACGGGAAGGGGAGGGGCCGACAGCCAAAUACAACUCUAGUGUCACACCACACCACUAAAGCCUCUCGUACUCUUAACAUUAGUUACCGACCUUCGGCAAAAUGCUCACUUUUUUAAGUUAAAAAAGGGGGCGUCCCAGGACUGUGGUGUGCAAGGAGCACGAUCGUUCUUUUAAAACCCGAAAGAAAGCUUUUUAAAGGACGUGCUAUCAGUCGAGAAACGAGGUAACCCAAUCCAGCGUCUCUCCUCUUCGUAAAGUUGUGUUUUCUAAUACAUUCAGUUCCAUUAUUAUCUAUUGAUCCGAGGUAAGAAAUGUCCAUCGUUACUUUAGUUUUCAGAAAGACAAUCACCCGGAGACUCCAGAUUAAAAAGACAAGGGCCGGAUCGCAAUUGUUCUCCGCUCCGAGCCGGUCCAUAAUAGAUAUGUCGUACUCCAGUCACUUCAUGGAUUUUAAAGGCUCCUCCAUACCCAGCACCAUGAGAAAACUCGUCGUCACAAAACUGAGUCCGAAUUUCAGGGAAGCCGUGUCUCUGCAAACUGUGCCAGUUCCCACACCAGGGGAUGGAGAUUUGCUCAUCAGAAAUCGAUUUGUUGGCAUCAAUGCUUCUGACAUCAACUAUUCUGCGGGCCGCUAUGAUCCUUCAGUGAAGCCCCCAUUUGCUUCUGGUUUUGAAGGAAUCGGUGAAGUGGUAGCUUUGGGGCUCAGCGCCAGUGCCACCUACACAGUGGGACAAUCAGUGGCCUACAUGGGAGAUGGUGCCUUUGCCGAGUAUGUUGUCAUGCCAGCCAGAAACGCCAUGCCCGUGCCUUCCAUUGAACCCAAGUACCUUGCCUUACUGCUGAGUGGUGUAACGGCUUACCUCAGUUUAAAAAACCUUGGAUCUUUAACUGAAGGAGAGAACGUGCUGGUGACUGCUGCCGCAGGAGGGACCGGGCAGUUUGCCGUUCAGUUAGCCAAGAGAGCCAAAUGCCAUGUCAUUGGGACCUGCUCCUCGGAUGAGAAAGCUGGCUUCCUGAAGUCCAUCGGCUGUGACCGACCAAUCAAUUACAAAACUGAAGAUGUUUCUGCGGUCUUGCGGAAGGAGUAUCCGGGUGGCGUAGAUGUUGUCUAUGAGUCGGUUGGCGGGAGUUUGUUUGAGAUGGCGGUUAACUGCCUGGCCAAUAAAGGUAGACUGAUAAUCAUUGGCUUUAUUUCCGGUUAUCAGUCGGCCUCUGGACUCAAGCCGAUAAGGGCCGAGGCUUUACCCGCAAAGCUGCUUCUUAAAUCUGCUAGCAUUCGUGGUUUCUUUCUUCCCCACUAUUACUCCGAAUAUGCGGGAGCCAUGAAAGAUCUGUUAGAGAUGUGUGAAAACGGAGAGGUGUCCUGCGAAGUGGACACGGGGGAGCUGUCUCCCGAGGGUAGAUUCCUCGGUUUAGAUUCUGUCUUCCGUGCGGUAGAUUACAUGUACUCGGGGAGAAACCUGGGGAAGGUGGUGGUGGAGGUGUGCCAUCCCGUCAGCAGCAAGCUGUGACGUGAUGAGGAAACGGUGUGGUCGGUACGAUAGCAGGACAGACAACUAGUGUGGCCAUUUCAAUUCGGCAGUGUUAAACAUGAGAAAAAAGUAAUCUUUGAUAUUGAAAAUAAUAAGUCAUAUUUUAAAAUAAUUCAAUAGAAGAUCUCAAAGAAAAAAUGUUUCUGCCAGCUAAUUGAUAAUUUUUCUAGAGAGCUGUUUUUCUGUAUCAUUAAAUGAACUAUAAAACAAUUAUUUUCAUUGUUAAAGAAAUUUAUAUUUAAUAAAUCUAUUUGUGUAAAA